AUCGCAUUGGUUUUUGCACGCGUACCAACACUAUUUGUUGGCAUGCGAGUUUUAUUUAAUUUUUUGUGCACGAAACGUUUGUUAAAUUUAUCUUGACCAAAUGGAAGAGCUGCAACAACUGGAGUACCUAUCGCUGGUCUCCAAAAUCUGCACCGAGCUAGACAAUCAUUUGGGCAUCAAUGACAAAGAUCUUGCCGAAUUCAUCAUCGACUUGGAGCACAAACAUCGCAGCUACGAAUCGUUUCGCACAGCCCUGCUGGAAAAUGGUGCCGAAUUUCCCGAUUCAUUGGUGCAAAACUUGCAGCGCAUUAUCAAUUUAAUGCGACCAAGCAAUGCAAAAACAGAUAAUGAUGAAGGGAGCCUGAUAGGCGGCGGCGACAAGAAAACGCAGUUGAUAAAAAUGUUUCCGGGCCUGGCGUUGCCCAAUGACAACAAAUACAGCAGCAAAGCGAAGGGCGAACAGGAAGAAGAGGAGAAGACUGGACAGAAAAUAAACGAAAUGAGUGAUGUAGAUGCAGCCAUGUUGGAACUGGAGGCGCUAGCUCCAGGUGAGCGCAGCGAGCGAUUGUUGGAAAAGGAAAAAGAUAAAGAAAAAGAGAGCAAGCGGCACCCGGCGAGUUCCAGUUCUAGUUCGAGAGAACGAAGCAAGCGCAAGGAGCGCAGUCGCAGUCGCGAGAGGCAUAGGAAUCGUGAGCGGGAGCGAGAGCACGAUAGAGAUAGAGACCGUCGUCGCCGGCGCAGCAGAUCUAGAGAGGAGCGUGAUCGUGAUCAUGAUCGGGAACGUGAACGUCGCCGGCGUCGCUCCCACUCACGCGAACGUCAUGAUAGGCACGAGCAGCGCAGCAGCCGAAGACGAAGCUCUCGUUCCCGCUCCCGAUCCCCCAGUCGACAGCAACUGGAGAAAAUGCCGCCGCCUGCAGCUGUGCUCAGUGAUGAUCCCGAGGCGGGCAAGAUCUACUCCGGCAAGGUGGCGAACAUAGUGCCCUUUGGUUGCUUUGUGCAGCUGUUUGGUGUGCGCAAACGCUGGGAGGGAUUGGUGCACAUCUCACAGUUGCGUGCCGAGGGCAGAGUGACGGAUGUCACCGAAGUUGUUGCCAGGAAUCAGACAGUCAAGGUGAAGGUCAUGUCGCUGGCUGGGCAAAAGGUUUCGCUCUCCAUGAAGGAAGUGGAUCAGGAGACGGGCCGUGAUCUGAAUCCCUUGUCACAUGCACCCGAGGAGGAUGAGUUGGCGUUGCGGGAUCGCAAUCCAGAUGGACCAUUUAGUAGCAGCACCUCGUCCAUCCUCAAUCUGCAAGGGAACAACAUCGAUGGGGAUGAACACGAGUCGCGAAAGCGUGUCACUCGCAUCUCCAGCCCCGAGCGCUGGGAGAUCAAACAGAUGAUUAGCUCCGGCGUGCUGGACAGAAGUGAAAUGCCCGAUUUCGAUGAGGAGACGGGUCUGCUGCCCAAGGAUGAGGAUGAUGAGGCGGACAUUGAGAUUGAAAUUGUGGAGGAGGAGCCACCAUUUCUAUCCGGUCAUGGACGUGCCCUGCACGAUCUCUCUCCGGUGCGAAUUGUCAAGAAUCCAGAUGGUUCGCUGGCUCAGGCGGCCAUGAUGCAAUCGGCGUUGUCCAAGGAGCGCCGUGAACAGAAGAUGCUGCAACGGGAGCAGGAAAUGGAAGCGUUACCCAGUAAUCUCAACAAGAACUGGAUCGAUCCGUUGCCGGAGGAGGACAGUGCGCGUCAUCUGGCGGCCAAUAUGCGAGGCAUGGGCUCGGCACCGCAAGAAGUGCCAGAGUGGAAGAAACACGUCAUUGGCGGCAAGAAAUCCUCCUUUGGCAAGAAGACAGAUCUCACUCUGGUGGAGCAGCGUCAAUCCCUGCCCAUCUACAAGCUGAGAGAUGAUCUAAUCAAAGCCGUAACGGAUAAUCAAAUCCUCAUUGUCAUCGGAGAAACGGGUUCCGGCAAAACCACACAGAUUACCCAAUAUCUGGGUGAAUGUGGUUUUACGGCGAGGGGUAAGAUUGGAUGCACCCAGCCACGUCGUGUGGCCGCCAUGUCUGUGGCGAAACGCGUUGCCGAGGAAUACGGCUGUCGCCUGGGUCAGGAAGUGGGCUAUACGAUACGUUUCGAGGAUUGCACCAGUCCGGAGACGGUCAUCAAAUACAUGACAGAUGGCAUGUUGUUGCGCGAGUGUCUAAUGGAGGCAGAGCUGAAGUGUUACUCGGUCAUCAUGUUGGAUGAGGCCCACGAGCGCACCAUUCACACGGAUGUCUUGUUUGGGCUGCUCAAAACAGCCGUACAAAAUCGACCGGAAUUGAAGCUGAUUGUCACCUCGGCCACAUUGGAUGCGGUAAAGUUUUCGCAGUAUUUCUUUGAGGCACCAAUUUUCACGAUACCCGGACGUACAUUUCCGGUCGAGGUGUUGUACACCAAAGAGCCGGAAACGGAUUAUUUGGAUGCCUCACUGAUUACGGUGAUGCAGAUACAUUUGCGAGAGCCACCCGGAGACAUUUUAUUGUUCCUUACGGGUCAGGAGGAAAUCGAUACCGCCUGCGAGAUACUCUACGAGCGCAUGAAGAGUCUCGGGCCGGAUGUGCCAGAGUUGAUUAUAUUGCCCGUUUACUCGGCGCUGCCAUCGGAGAUGCAGACACGCAUCUUUGAUCCGGCGCCAGCGGGUAGCCGUAAAGUGGUCAUAGCUACAAAUAUUGCGGAGACUUCGCUGACCAUCGAUGGCAUCUUCUAUGUGGUGGAUCCGGGUUUUGUCAAGCAGAAGGUAUACAAUUCCAAAACGGGCAUGGAUUCGCUGGUGGUCACACCCAUCUCACAGGCGGCGGCCAAGCAGCGUGCCGGCCGUGCCGGACGCACUGGACCAGGCAAGACCUAUCGCCUCUACACAGAGCGUGCCUAUCGCGAUGAAAUGUUGCCCACACCGGUGCCUGAGAUUCAACGCACCAAUCUGGCGACAACAGUGCUCCAACUCAAGACGAUGGGCAUCAAUGAUUUGCUGCACUUUGAUUUCAUGGAUGCGCCGCCCGUGGAAUCGUUGGUCAUGGCUCUGGAGCAGCUGCACUCGCUGUCCGCUCUAGAUGAUGAGGGUCUGUUGACGCGUCUUGGCCGACGCAUGGCUGAGUUUCCCCUCGAACCGAAUCUUUCCAAGAUGUUGAUCAUGUCUGUGGCGUUGCAGUGCUCCGAUGAGAUCCUCACCAUCGUCUCCAUGCUCAGUGUGCAGAAUGUGUUCUACAGACCCAAGGAUAAACAGGCGCUGGCCGAUCAAAAGAAGGCCAAGUUUAAUCAGGCUGAAGGUGACCAUUUGACGCUGCUGGCCGUCUACAACAGUUGGAAGAACAACAAGUUUUCCAAUGCCUGGUGCUAUGAGAACUUUGUCCAAAUCCGCACACUAAAACGUUCGCAGGAUGUGCGUAAACAGCUGCUCGGUAUUAUGGAUCGCCACAAGUUGGAUGUGGUCUCUGCUGGCAAGAAUUCGGUGCGCAUCCAAAAGGCCAUCUGUUCGGGAUUCUUUCGCAAUGCGGCCAAAAAGGAUCCACAGGAGGGAUAUCGCACUCUGGUCGAUUCACAGGUGGUUUACAUUCAUCCGUCGAGUGCGUUGUUUAAUCGGCAGCCCGAAUGGGUCAUCUAUCAUGAGUUGGUGCAGACGACUAAGGAAUAUAUGCGUGAGGUGACCACCAUCGAUCCCAAGUGGCUGGUGGAGUUUGCACCAUCAUUUUUCCGCUUCUCCGAUCCCACAAAGCUGAGCAAAUUCAAGAAGAAUCAGCGUUUGGAGCCGCUCUAUAAUAAAUACGAGGAGCCCAAUGCUUGGCGCAUUUCCCGUGUGCGACGAAGACGCAAUUAAAUGAAUGCGCAUUUACAUUUACAUUUCGUGUUGUAUUCAAAUCUUAGCGUUUAAGUAACAAUUAAAAUCAGCUCAAUAUCCUUUGUGUCCCCGAAAA